UUUGGCAUUAAGUAACCGGACUUACAAAAAACGUUUCUGUCUAAGGGAGAAAUAUUAUGAAAUAUACUAAGUCUCACGCAACUUUACUAGUAAUCCGCUAUUUCGCAAUUAUUUUGCGCAUGUUGUUUUGCAGUUAAUAUUUUUUGAAAAGAAAACCUUUGGUGGUAGUUUUGUAAAAAACAGAACUGCUUUUCAAUAGAAAUAAGAAAUACGUGGGGUAACUAAUAGAUGUUACUUUUUCAAAUCGUGUCGCAAAUUAAGGACAGCACAAAACACAGUAGCUACAAAAUUCUACGAAUUUGCUUGGACCCCGACAAUAAUUUGCAAAAUAUGUGGUAGUUAUUUUUUAUUUUUAAUACCAUCAACGUUAGCUAGCAUUAAUAUUUAAAACAACAAGUAAAGUAAAAAGUGAGUAUUGCGUCGCUCGUGUUUGUUUUAUGCGGAAGCUCAAUAUCUUAAAAAAUCUUUUGUUGUAAAUAUCUCACUGACGCUCUCAAUUACGUCACACGGUUAGCAAAAAGAAUAAUUUUUUAAAAACGUUUUAAUUUCUAGAAAGACGUAUACGUUUACAAAAAUGGGAAAUCGUUGUUGUGUUGGAAAGAGAAAACCUGAAAUUGAGUUACCUUUUAAGACAUCUGACAUUGUCCGUUUAAAAAUAUCGUGGACCAAAAUCAAGCCAGAAUGGAACAAGGUCAUUAAAAUUGCUUUUAAAAGGUGGUUCAGCGCUUAUCCAGAAAUAUGGAGCAUGUUCAGCACCGCUGCACAAAACUUGGACGAUUUGCUGGAAUCACCAAUCAUUUCACGCCAUGCAAAAAAAUUUGAAGAAUUAAUUGAAAUUGUCAUUUACAAUUUGCAUAAAGGAGAAGUACUGGUCCAAUCGUUGAUUGAUCAUGGCAGAUUUCAUCAUUCGUUUGGUGCACAACAGAGAUUUGCAACUACUUUAGCUACAAGUUUGAAGUUUGCAGUUUUCACGUUCCUGCAAAAUGACGAAAGUGUGGAUGAUUGUAAAACACAAGAGGCUUGGGACAGUCUAUUCAACUUUUUGUCUGGGUUGCUGAAAUUAGGUAUGCGAAAAGCGAUUGAAGAAGAAAAAAACAGCACAAAUGACACAAAACAAUCAAAAAAAGAGCAACAGAGAUCAAUGGCAGACAAUUUACGUCACUUAUUCGAAUGUUAAACAGGUGUAAUACACUUAGAAACAGCGUCGGUGCGGAUGAUUACUUUAUGAAAGCGCAUUCAAGUUGACGAAAAUUCCAACGAAGGAUUUUGAAUAAUGAAAAUAUAAUGGAAGAGUCUUUGAGGAUUGAUGGGUGAGCUGUUAAAAAGAAAGACAUUGUGUAUUGAAUUAAGAAACUAGAAGCAGAUUCUUUUACAAGGGACUGUUUCAGCAAUUUUUGUUAUAGUCUUUAUUGUUAUUGUUAUUUUAUUUUUUGUUGUUGUUGUUGUUGUUGUUGUUGUUGUUGUUGUUGUAGGAAAUAUAUCUCUUUGUAAUUAUCGUUAUCGAUGUGGUUUUGGAAAAAAGUACCAGCAAUAAAAUACAUUUUUGCAUCCUCAUUUCUGUACUUUUCAUCUGGUACUUUUGAGCGCAAAAAGACAGUAAUUGUGCGCCAAAAGUUUUUUGAUUUUUUUUUAAUAUUCCGUAAAAAUUCCAUUCAUAUUUUCUCUCUCGAUUAGUUCUGAAAUCUAAAAACACGCUACAUAGUAUACUUUUGCAUCCAGAUAAUCAAUGUUAUGUUAUCUAAAUGUCUAAAAAAUCCCGUGUAAAGAUUGUCAUACUGCUGAUUUUAGUGAAACAAAACGAAUGUUCUAGCACAAAAGGCCGUACGCAACAUUAAUACAGACAAAAUAAGAUUGCGGACCACAGCUGGGAGAAUGAUCAUAAUUAUAGACUGGGAUAAUAAA